ACUGAUAAAAGUAAAGGGUAGCUAAUCUUACUGUUUUUCGAAGUGAGCAAAGGUCCGAGAAUGAAAAAUUAAAGAAACAAGAAAGAAACAAGGGAAUGUUCACAGUCACACGCAUAUAAAUGGAGUUUUAUUAAGCCAAGAUUUCAAACAUGUAAAUCAGUUUAUCAUAAGUCUUGUAGAAAAUAUAAUAUGGGCACUAUCACUAAUUAUAUUUAUUAAAUAUAAAUAAUGCCUAGGCCUAGACUAUAUACUAUAUAGACUAUCCCGGAGUAUCGGUAUCCUCUUGGUCUUACUUAGUCUUACUCUUAUUCUUAUUGAACUUAUAAAUUAAAUAAUAUAUGAAUUAUUUAUAAUGAUAAUUAUAUUUUUAUAUAUCUAUUACUAGUAUUACUUUACUUCACUGAUCAUAGUACUACUACUACUUAUUUAUUAUUAGGCUUACUAACUACUAAUUUAACUAUUACUAUUAGUAGUAUUAGACAGAGAAGUAUUACUUUUUAUUAGACAUUAUUAAUUAUUAAAACUGUGUACUAGCACUUAAAAGUAAUAAGUAAGUUAAUAAAAAAGACACUAUUAGUUUUUGACUAGUAGUAGAUAAUGUCCUCAGAAUGGCGGUCCCAAAUUAAAAAUAGAAUACAAUUAGUGACUUAUUAAAGUUAUUUGUUCACCUCUAAUAUCUCAUGAUCUAUUUAAAUUUAUUCUUUUUUUAAUGAAGAUCACAAUUUUCAUCAGCCUCUUCAUCAUCAUCAUCAUCAUCCCCUGAAAUAACUUUUUUUCUUUUUUUUUAAACAAGAAGAAAAAUAAAGAAAAAUGCAAAAGUAAGAGAGAUUUAAAAAAAUGUUGUUUGUGUUGCAUUGCUUUUUUGAAGUUUUUUGUAUGAGACGGUUUUCAGCAAGCCACCUUAACCAAACCAUUCAAUGCCUUCAACGUUGUGUCAUAAGUUAAUAGAAUUUUUCCUGAAAAACAUUAUUUGAAAUAUGGUAUUGUUUAUUUUAUAUUAUUACAAGCAAUAAUUAGUCUGCAAACAAAAUUUGAAGUAAAAAUUAUGUCACCAAUAAUCAACGGCUAAUGGGCUGAUAGCCGAACACUUUCUAACGAAACAUAUUCAUUUUUUAUUUUAGGACCCCCAUUCUGAGCAGUACCGAUAAUGUCAUUAUUAGUGAUUGGAAUAGCCUAUCCCUAUACAAAUUGUUAAAAUAUAGUAUAGGCUAAUUCAUUAAGUUAAUUAAGACUAAGACAAAGAGUAAAAGGAAUUAUUUUGACAUUCAUAAAAGGACUUAUGAGGAUAAUAAGUAAUCAGUAAUAGUAAUGUCAUUAAAAACUAGAGGGGCUCAUAUAAUAUAAUUUUCUUAAUAUUGUCUGACAGUGUCAACGAUACUUUUUAAAUUAUUAAUUUCAAUUUUAGCUUUUUAAAUAUAUUUUUUCUCAAUGCUACUUAGUAAUUUAGUCAUGUUCUGGGGGUGGGAGGAAAGGGAAGUAUGUCACCUGACACCCCCCCCCCCCUUUUUUUUAAAAAACAUUAUAAUGCAGGCCCCCAUUAUGUCAAUACAAAUGGCCUUGAAAAAAUUGUGUUGAAAUGGAAUUAAAUGUUAUAUAAAGCUAUAGAUAUCACAUCUGAUUAGGCCCUUGAGUACAACAACCCACACUUUUAAAGCUAUAGACCUCUUCCACCGUCUGUACCCCCCCCCCCCUUGGAAAAUCAUACAGUCUACUUUAGAAACCACUGCUCUAAUCUCCAUCUUGCAGAAACUUGAAAAUGUAAAGUCGUAUGUCUUUUAAUUAUUUAGAUUCAAAAUAUUUAAAAUUUAAAAAAAAAACAAUUUUAAAAAGAUUUGAAGUUGUAAUUUAUUUUGUAUCUUCAGAUUACCUUGAUAUCCGAGUUCUGAAUUUAUUUUGGCACCCCUUUAUGUGGUGAGACCCAGAUAAACUUUUUUUUCUAUUCAGCUUUCCAACUGGUCAAAAUGUCUCAAGAUUCAGGAGAGAAUAUUGUGAAUGGUGAUGGAGACAAACAGAUUCUUGCCCCAGCUGAAGGGCCAAGAGAAAAUCUGGUUUGUACAAUUGUUUUGAAAAUCAGUUCAUUAAAAUGAAGUAUAACAUAUGACUGAAAACAAAGUACUGGUUAAGAAAAAAAAAUUAUGAAUACUUAAUUAAAACUAUAAAUAAAUAACUUUUCAAUAAAUGCUCAGAUUUAGAUUGAUCUUGAAAGUAUGAUUUUUCAGUAUAUUUUUUAGUUGGUGGAUUUCAGUUGUGAUGAUUUUUUUUUAAAUUUCUCUCCUAUAUUUUAAUCUUGAUUUCUUUUUCAGAUCAGCACUGCAGUCAAGUUUCUUCAAAAUCCUAAAGUUAUGUCAAGUCCACUGUAUCAAAAAAAGGCUUUUUUGGAGAAAAAAGGUGUGUUAAGUUAUUAAACCAAUGAGUUAAUUGCUAUAAACACAGAAGGAUGAUAAUAAUUAAGUUUUACCUUUUUUUAAAUUAAAGAGUUAUGUAAAAAUAACAUGUAACACAGGGGUAGCAAACCCAAAAGGCUUCAUGGGCCAUUUUAGUAACAAUUCAACCUUUUGUGGGCACAUGUCAUUUCACCUAUUAUUAAAAUAAACACUGAUUUAAUACUGUAUAUAGUUAUUUAUAUAUUCUUCAUGCACUUAAUAAAAUAAAACUUAACUAAUUUAAUGCUUUUUUAAAACUUUAAAAAAGUCUCAACUCACUUGCCUCACUGCUGCAUGCGUUUUGUAUUUUGCACUUUUGAAAUCUAUUAAAAGGUUAUAGACUAUUUCAAAGUGUAGAAAACAUUCUGAAAAAAGAAACGCAUGCCGUUUUUCUGUUAAUGACGCACGUUUAUCCAGUUUAAAUUAUAAAAACUUCAAUUUUGGCCUUUAAAUCACCAAAUUACAGUAUUUUUUUUCAGGCUGCAGGUGUGCUUCCAAAGGGCCAUAUGUGUCCCGCAGGACUCAUAUUUGACAUGCCUUCUGUAACAUAUUUAUUUUAAAUAAAAAUACUAAACAAAAGUAACUUCAAACAAAAUGGUCCACAUGGUGAUUAUAGUCAAAUCUUUGUUUGAUUUUACAUUUUUAGCCAGGAUGAAUAUUCUUUUUUAUUCUGAUAGAAUUUCACUAAAAUUUUUUCUCCUACAAAAAUUGGAUUCAGGUAAUCAAAAGACUAAGAAGCACAGUUAUGAUAGUGCUAAAGAUUUUGUUGGUUUGCCAGCCUCCAAACUUAUAAGAGGAACUGUAUGUUAAUGCAGUAAAGAGUGAUAAAAAAACAAUGUGCUUAUACUUAUAUUUUUCUAUUCUAAAUUUGAUAAGCUUUCCUAAAAUAAAGAUAAUUUAAAAAAAUACAAGUCUUGCAGUGUUGAUGUAAAUAUAACAGCUAAAAGGGAAUUCAUAAUCAACACUUUUUGAAAAGGGGGAACUGUCAAAACAAAUCUGUUCUUUGCAAGUAAUAUCAUGCUGGCAAUUAAGAUGUUAGAAUUUGUAUUGCUUUGUGUUCAGGACUUACCCAAGAAGAAAUCAGCAUGGCUGUGCAGAGGUCAGGUGUCAAGGAAACAAUUGGUAUAGAAGAAUCCACUAGUCAAAUGGGACCACCACCAGGCUACCAACCUGGAAUGAUGGCAAUAACCCCCCAAACUGUUCCUGUAUAUGCACCCAGUGGGUAUUUUGUCAAGUCAUUUUUAUUUAUCAAAAACAUUUUAAUUAUCAAAUUUCAUUAUAGUGAUAGAAUAAGAAAAUUGUCAAAUUAACAUUAUCUCAAGCUUGAAAAAUAGAUAUUUUAUACAUUAACUAUUGAUAUAACAACAGAUAUAUUUCCUAAACCAAAUUGUCUCCUCGUUAUAUAACUUAGUUUGGUGUAACCAACACUCUAUUUAUACCUUGGCUUUCAUAAUUAAUUGCAGAUAUUUGUGCAGAUAUAUUUUCUUAUCUUUACUUAAUUAAUUACUUGUUAGAAUUGUAAAGAUAAUAUGUUUAUUAAGUUUAAGCUUAGUGAAAAAGAAAUCAGGUAGUAAAAUGUUCCCAUUAUACAAAACAAAAUAAUAAUUUUUUUUUUAAAUUCUUGUAACUAUAAUUUUUUUUAAAGAAACUAACAUCUUUAAUGUUCCCCCAUAUUAAUUUUUCAGUUCCUCCUCAGUCUAUUUGGGCUAAAACUCGAGAUCUAACAAUGACAACAGUUAUUGUCGCUAGUGUUUCCUACGCUGUUUACCAAGUAUUUCAAGUAAGUUUUUAAAAUGCAAAUAAUAUUUUAACAUUUUGUUUCCCCACAAAAGACUCAAAAAAUCUUCUAUGGUGUAGAUAACUGUUAUGUAUUGUUAGAUGUAUAGAGAAUUUAAUCUCUUAUUUGACUAUAUGCAGACCUGUUUACUCUUACGAUCUUACAAUUUUGAUGUGUAUACAUUAUAUAUCCUGUAUGUUUAAUUUUUGUGAGGAUAUUGUUUGAUUUUAAAAGUUUGAGGAUAAAUUGGUCUGUAUAUGGCUCGUUGACAAACAGUACACAACAAAAGAAGAUACCAUAAAUUAAAUACAGUAAUACAGAAACGACACCCAAACUAGGGCUAAUUACAAUUAAUAAUUUUAUUAAGUUAAUUUAAAAUUACAAAAUCAAAAACGAAUAAAAACUAAAGCUAUUGACUUAAAGUACAGUGAUGACUUGUACCAGCACAAUGUUGAAAAAGGAACGUACACGCACACACACAGUAAAUAUUUAUAAACAAAUCUUUGUCUCUUAUCGUAAUAACAAUCUCUAUCAGCUCAAUCUCCCUCUCUCCGCUCUGUGAAUAGGUGUAAAUAUAGUCUGUUUCAGAGACUUUUCUAGAAAUGGGUUCGGCAUUGGGCUAAAACUCAAGUUUCUUUAAUAGUCUCGUAUAUUCUAAAGGUUUCUACUUUUACAGACUUUAGACUGUAUUUAUUUGCAAUUAAGGUCAAGGGAGACAAUUUGUAAUUAAGCCACACCCCCGUCGCGUUUUCAAACUUGGGGUCACCCAGAGCACCCAUGCACUGUAAACAAGGAUGCCUAUUUAACAAUAACAAAUAUUAUUUACAUACUCAUCAUCAUCAUCAGUGGCGCUACAGCCCAUGUAGGGCCCUGGCCUGCUCCACCACAUCCUUCCAUUCAGAUCGAUCCAUGGCUUUCCGCCUCCAUGCACUAACCCCCAACUGGUGUAAGUCCUUCUCUACAUCAUCAAUCCGUCUCAGUUUUGGUCUGCAGGUGAACCAUCUGCCACUAGGUUUCUGCCUGUAUAUCACUUAUUUACCUACUCACAUUUCUGUUUAUAUUACUAGGAAUGCUAGCUUUUAUCAUUUUCUCAUUAUCUUUCAGAAAUAUUUACGACCUUGGUUGCUGGGAAAAUCAGAGCGAGAGAAAAGACUUGAGAGAUUGGAAGGUCAAAUUUUGGAAGUGCAAAAGUCUAUCACAGAUUCUCUAGCUGAAGUGACUAAAACACUGACAGCCAUACAGUUAACAUUGAACACACAGCAAACACAGGUCUGGUGGUAUAAUAAUUAUUAUGAGCAAACUUUUUUUAUUCUUCUGCUUCAAAUUUUUAAUGUCAUUUUUGUUUUUGUAAAAGAUUUAGACAAACAUAGCCUACACAUAAGUAAAGUAAAAUUAUCCUCUAGAAUCAUGUGACAAUACUUAAAAAAUAAUAUUUUUGCAUCAAUUUGAAUACAUAACUUCUAUAAUUUCUUUGCCAAAUUUUCACAGAUAUUGUUAAUAUAAAUGUUAUGUGAAAAUGUAAUAUCAUAAAAAUCAUCACUCUCUAUUAAUUUUGACAGGUUUACCAUAUAAUUAUAAAUGUCUUCCUUGUUUUCACAUACAAGCCAACAUCCAGUGUCAAAAUACAGUACAUAAAAUCCCCAAAACCUUGUAAAAUUAUAUAAAAUCCUGUCAACAAAAAAAUGAAAUGUCAGAAUAAUUAUCAUUUAUAAAUUGUAUUACCUCUUUCAAUUAUCACUAUAGUGGUGCUUCUUUAGUAUUGUUUUGUUUGCUACAAAAAGUCUUCUUGCAGACACAUAAGUGUUUUGUUUUGUUACAGGUUUACCCUUACUUUGCCAUUUUUAUUUCCUUUUGAAUACAAAUAAUUUUUGCUCCUGUUUACCAUGUCUGAAUUAGUUUUCAAUCCCAAACAACAUUUUUACACGUUUAAAAUGAUUGGAUUUUGAGAUACUGUUUUCCACAUAAAAAUGUUCCUACUUUCUUUCACACUUGAAAUGUAUUUUAACGAAACAUUUACAAUGAAUUUUUUUUAACAUAAACUUAUGUUAUCCUUAUAAAUUUUAAUAUGUGCCUUACUCUUAUCCUUGCCCCUGAAAUGUAUCUUUGGAAAAAUGGGAAUAUCUCAUUGUCCUUCGUCUCAAAGAAAUUCCAGUGUGUUACAAAUUUGGGCUUUCAGAUAAUGCUAAACGCAAUCUACUACAUUUUUUAAAAAAAAAUAGUUAUAUGUAUAUUUCCAUAUAUUUAAAGAAUAAUUUUUUUUAUUUUGAGUAGAGUUAUUUUAUCAAAUUUAAAUUGUUUCAAUUUCCGUAAAGUAAUCAAAAUUGUUUUUAAGAAUCCAUCAUUUUUAGAAAUAUGAAGUUUAUCUUACAAGCAUAUUGAAAAUAAAUUUGCACAUAGUCUAGUGAUAAUGAACUGUGAUAUUUUUAGUUAUAUUGAACUGAGCGUAAGGCAUUUACUUGGCUCAUUCUUUUAUAUAUAUAUAUAUAUAUANAUAUAUAUAUAUAUAAAACUUACAUGUUGGAAAAUAGCUAAUGAAUUACAAAUGAAUUACUUUGUUUGACAUAAAUUAACAGCAGCAGAUUGGAUAUGGUGAAGUGAGAGGAAUCUCAGACCUUAAAGCUGACAUCGCUUCCCUAAAAGGUUUGCUGUUGAACAGGUGAGAAAUCUCUUUACUUUUCAGUUAACCACAGAAAAAAAAUCAUUAAUUUCAAAGUUUGUGGGAGUUUUUAUUGUCAUUAUACAAUAUUAUCAUCAGAAAAUGUUUCAUUUAAUUGCGCAGAAUGCAAGGAAAUCAAAGGACUUAUACUGUUUAUAAAAAAUGUUAAUAAAUUAAAAAAUUCUUGGGGAUUGAAUCAACUUGAUAAAUCCGCCCAAGAGCGUAUUUAAAGCCUAAAAUCAAAUAUACUAAAUGAAAUGUUAGAAUUGUAUAGGGGUUGUUUUACAUUAUGUUACAAGGUACAAUAUUAUGAGAACUCACUUGAAAAGAUUAAGAAAUAUAAAUCAACCCAGAAAAAAUUGGUUUGUUCUUACAGAAGCCAGUUUCCUCCUGCACCAGCAACUGCCCCAGUCCUUCCAUCUUGGCAGAGGGCACCUAACCAAACACCAGUAUUGCAAUCUACAUCUGAUUCAGGGGCAACAUCCUUAAAAUCAUACUCAGAAGCCGUGAAAAUGCCUUUGGUUCAUCACCCAAGUGAUGGCUAUACUGCCACAGAGAAUACAACAGCUGUCACUGAUCAGAAUAGUGUAAGUUUUCCUCACAGUGAAGAUGAAUGAGUUAAUUUGACUGGGCUAAGUCAAUAUAACAUUUUGUAAUAAAAUGUUUAUGAAAAUAAUAAAAUACUGUAUAUCCUCCUUCAUAAGCCUGUUCCACAAAAUAAUAGGAUUUCUAGUAGAGGCAGUACUAUACAAAAGAAAAUAAUUUAUAUUUUUAAAUAUUAAAAAAAAAUUACUAAACAUAAUAGUAUUAUGUAUAACACAGAUACUUGCCUCACAUCUAUGGGUAUAUACAAUAACCAUACAGAACUUUUACCAAAAAAGGACCUCGGAGAUGUACAAAAACAAUUUCAUUUUUCAAUAUAGAUAUCGUACUUUCAUACUCUUUAAAACAGCCAAUCACGGCACUCGCAAUAUGAGAUGAAAAGUAUGCCCCAAGUCUGCGCAUGGCCAAUUUUGCACACAGCUUUAUGUUGACCUAAAUUUCUUUCUUUUUUUCUUCAUUUUUUUCUUAGUAGAAUCAAAUAACCUGGAAAAAUUUUACUUAUCUCCCACUUAUAAGCUGACCACCCCACUUAUUCCAUUGAAAUGUUUCCAAAACAAGUUGGCGUAAUAACGAGUACAUACAGUAGUUAUUGUUUGUGUCAAACUGUAUCAAAUAUUCAAAAAUUUAGAUGUGAACUGCAGUGAAAGUAAUUGACAGUUACUUUUCAAUGCCUUUAGAGUAUUUCUAAAUAUUUUUUACUUCUUAUUUAAUUUUGAUCAGACUUAGUAUUUAAAUCAACAUUCAGUCAAUUAUUUAAAUUUCUUAUGACAGGAUAUCAUGAAAGAUCAAAACCAGGAGUCAUUUGUUGAGGACAGUGAAGAUGCCCGAAGCACAGCACAGGAUGUUAUUUCAAAUGAGACUGGCGAUUCUUCAUGAUUUUUUUAAAAACAGUACUAAUAGAAAAACUAAAGAUAUUUUUCCUGGCUACCUAAUAUGUGACUUCGUGCUUCUGAAAACAUCAAAAAUCUUUACCUAUAGUUGGUUUGCAACUUACCAAGGAUAAACAUCAUAAUAUUCUACAGGUAAUCAGAGGAAAUUAAAAUGUAUACAACAACUAAAUAAGUGAUCAGCGAUCAGGCAAGAUUGAUUGCAAUGAGUUAUUGCUGAUGUUUCAUGUCAACAUAUAAUUCUAAUUGUGGAAAUAAUUGUAUUAAUAAAAAUAAUGUAUUUACAAAAUUGAAAUCAACCAACCUCUUUUACUGCUUUCUUAAAAUUAGUAUGCACUCGUAUUUUUAGUUCUAAAUUUUGAAGAAAAAUUAUUACAGGUCUCUAUGUUUAGAAAGUUAUUAUUUCUUAACUGUGUAUGAUCUUGGAAUUAAAAUACAUUGUAAAUCAUUUUCUGAUUUUUUUAUUUUUUUUCCUCUACAAAUUUUUUAACUACAACUUUAGAUCAGAGCUUUACAACUUCGUAUGUUAAUAACUUAAUAACAAACUAUUAAAUACAUCAUUUUGCAACACGACUUCAGUUUCACAAGCAAACUGAAGAUUAAACUAAACCUCGUAUCAGAAACAAAAUAUAUAGUGACAAGUCAUAUCUUAUGAACAUCUUGCAUCUAUUUUUUCAAAAUAUGUCAUAUGUUGUAAUUAUUUCUGAAUAGUACAACAAUUAUGCAAAUAAAAAUUGCAUGCGAUUAUUUGGAAGCUGAUAUUGCUUAUUCCACAUAGAGGUCUCCUGUUCGUUUCAUGUGAAACACCUACGCAUUGCAUUUGGGAAUACUCUGCUCAUAGCUGUACUCUUAACCUACAUAAUAAAUUUAGUGAGCAGGUGUUUUUUUAAUAAAAAACUUUCCUAGUGCAUUCAUUAACUUUGAUUUAUAUUAUAUAAUAUUUACAUAUUGGCCAACAAAUAUUUGUUUUAGUUUAGAUUAGUGAUAAUAAAGGAAAUGGCAUAAUGAUAGAAAAAAUAAAUUUCUAGAUAAAUUACUCCCAUUACUUUAUUAAACAGUCAUGGAUCUGAUUAAAUGGGAAUGUGUAAUUGUAACACACUCCUUCAAAAAAAAAAUAUCCAAAAGAACUACAUAGCUGAAUGUAAACUAAUAAAAUUAAUUUUAAUUUUGAGAUGUUCAUGUUUUCUGGAUUGUUCAAUGUUACUGUCUUUGCUUCAGAAGCAACUUGAAAAUGUAUGAAGUAUUUUGUGCAUCUUGUGAUCAACUCUUCCCAUCCCACUCAUAAUUAUUGCCCUGUAUAUAGUAAAUUUGUUUUAUUUGUUAAUGUAAAACAAUAUUUGCUGCUUGUUUAAAAAAAAAAUUAUAAUUUUUUUUUUUAAUAAUAAUUAUACACAAUAAAUAUUUGACAGUACAAAUAAUUAAAAAAGAUGCUAAAUAGUUUUUGUUUUUAUUCA